AUGGAGAAGAAAAGAAUUGUCGCUAUCUCUCAAAAUGACCGUCGAACCACAAGAUCAAUGGUCAAGAAAGAAACAGUAUAUCCAAACGAUAGAAUAACGGAUGACACACGAACAAUCGUCAAAUCUUCGAAAAUAAAGAAAGCUGCCCGAAAGUCCUCCGAGGUUAUUUUUUCAGCAGCCCGUAUCCCUACCAUUGAUGCACCACGAUUCGGCCUCAUUCAGGAAACCCUUUCUACAAAUCUUUACGCUCUCCUUGUCGCCACAGUCCUGUGGAACCGUACUCGUGGCACCCAAGCACGACCCGUAUUCGACAAACUGAUUUCAAAGUAUCCAACGCCGACUCAUCUUGCGGCAGCUUCCUUCGUGGAACUUGCAGAACUCAUCCGUCCCAUAGGUUUAUACAACUCAAGAGCUGCAAGGUUCAUUGCAUUCGCCAAAGCGUGGAUUGAGAACCCGCCAUGCAAGGAAAAGCGAUACAGAAAGUUGCAUUAUCCAAUGAAAGGGGACGGGCGUGAUGUUGGCAAGGACGAGGUCUUGGAUGAGGAUGACGAGAGACAAGGCUGGGAAGUGGCCCAUCUUCCUUCCCUUGGACCUUAUGCCAUCGACAGCUAUCGUAUUUUCCAUCGCGAUAUGCUAAGAGGUCUAGCAAAAGAUUGGAAUGGGCAUAAAGCAAAACCAGGCUUCGAACCAGAGUGGAAACGAGUAGUGCCACUGGACAAGGAACUCAGGGCAUUUCUACGCUGGAUGUGGCUGAAAGGAGGUUGGAUAUGGGAUCCUGAAACAGGGCAUAAAGUCAAGGCUUCGGCUGAGAGGAUGGAACUUGAGAGGCUAAGAGCAAGGAGUUUAUCACCAGAGGGUUUUAGAGUUGACCGACGUGGAUAG